CGCGGCGGCUUCCGGCGGCUUCGAAGCGGCCAUGAGGCUGACUGCGGCGCUCGGCAUCUCCCACGGGCGGCUGCGGCGGCGGAUCGGGUUCGGGCCGCGCUCGCGCCUCGACCUCCUGCGGAACCUCGUCACGAGCCUCGUGCGCCACGAGAGGAUCGAGACCACGCGCGCCCGUGCCGACGAGAUGCGCUUCUACGCCGAGCACCUGAUCGAGCACGCCAAGCGCGGCGACACGGACCCGCAGGCCAUGCGCCUGGCCGACUUCUGGUUGACGGAAAAGGACCUGGUGCACAAGCUCUUCAAAGUGCUGGCGCCCCGCUUCGCGCCCCACCAGGGCGACUACACGCGGAUGGUGCGGAUCCCCAAGAACGACAGCCUGGACCGGGCCGAGAGGGCGGUGAUCGAGUACAAGGGCAAUCCGCUCCCGCCGCUGCCGCUGCCCCGCCGAGACGGCGAGAAGACGCUGGUCAACCAGCUGCUGAAGGGCUACCGGGAGGAGCGGGGCACCACCGUGUGAGGGAGGAUUGUUUGAAAAAGUAAUAAGCAUAGGAAGAAAGACAAAACAAAAAGAAAAAAAAAUAAACUUGCCGCUUGUAUCCAGCAAAUCACUGUAAGGAUACCACUGUCUUUUAAAAUAGUUAUUUAGUUUUAUAUUUAUAUAACCAAAUACUUAAUUCCAUGCUUCACCCUUUGCCUAUAUGCCCGUUUCUAAAUUAACCUAUUAGCAAAAUUUCGGUAAUUACCAGAAAUAAAAACCUAACUAGUAUAAACUAGUACAUCCAAUUUGAAUCCAUUUUAAAACUCUGUGGUUUUGGAGAUUUAAAUCUCCAUUUCCAUCCCCCUAACAAACACCCUCUAUUUCCACUCUUCAAAUACAAGUAGUCCUCAAUUUACGACCACAAUUGAUCCCAAAAUUUCUGUUGCUAAGUGAAACAUUAGUUGUGAGUUUUGCCCCACUUUGACUUUUCUUGCCACAGUUGUUAAGUGAACCACUGCAAUUGGUAAAUUUGUAACGGUUGUGAAGUGAAACUGGUUUCCCCAUUGACUUUGCUUGUCAGAAGGUCUGCAACCAUCCUAAAUAUGAAUUGGUUGCCAAGCAUAUGUAUUUCAAUCAUGUGACCAUCGGGAUGCUGCAACUUGUGUGAAAAAGUCAGUUUUUUCAGUGAUGUAACUUUGAAUAGUCACAAAAUGAACUGUUGUAAAUCGGCAACCUGUAGUUGAGGUCUAAUCCCAGUCAAAAAUUAAAUCUCCGUUUGAAAGUGUAUAGUCUGAAAUAAAAAUAGCAUUCUAGGUA